AUGGGUUACACACAAAUUCUUGGUACCCAAGAAUUUAGAUCACAGUUUAACGAGGAAUUGAGACUUGUUCUUAUUGGUAAGACAGGUGUAGGGAAAAGUGCAACAGGGAAUACUAUUCUAGGGAAAGUAGCUUUUAAAGCGAAGGCCUCAAAGAAAUCAGUUACGACGCAGUCGCAGAGUCACGAAAGACAAUGGGAGGGUAAAAACGUCGUUGUUAUCGACACACCAGGAUUAUAUGAUACCACAAGGACAAUGUUAGAGGUGAAAAGAGAACUUAUAAGAUGCAUAGGCAUGUCCUUCCCUGGACCACAUUGUUUUUUGUUUGUGAUAUCUGCUACUUCAAGACAAACAAAAGAAGAAGACGAUGCAUUUAAAGAGUUUGUAAAAACCUUUGGAGAACAGGUCUAUAAGUUUUUAAUCAUUAUUUUCGUUAGAAAAGAUGAGGUAGAGGACCUGAAGUUCGUAGAAUUUUUAAAAGAAGAAUUGACCGAUUCACUUAAAAAUAUCGUGAAAAAAAUCGGUGAAGAAAGAUGUUUUUGGUUGAACAAUAAGGCUUUGGAAGAAGAACAGAAAACAGUCGAAUGUAUUUUGAAAACCAUCAAGGACUUGAACCAGGAUUUAGACGAAACCCAUUAUACAAACAUAAUGCUUAAGAGAGUUUUACGUCCAAUAACAAGAUGGAUUGUUGAAUGUGGAUUUAAAGUUUCUCCGCAGUCACUAAGGCAUAAAAUUGAGGAAGGUGGUGCUUUAUAUGAGUAUCUUUAUGCUGCUGGAGGUGUUUCACUAAGUGGAGCACUUGGUGGAGCUGCUAUUAUUAUAUUAUCUACAAUGUGUGCUAUUUUAUGA